AUGAGCAUCGAUCCUCCUCCUCACUGCCAGACCGUGCAAGAGAACGUCUUCGAGGAGCUCCAUCUGCCCCCGGAUGUCUCGUCGGAAGUCCAAACGGCUUGGCAAACAUUCAUCGGCAUGGCCAGCUCUCGAGAAGCAGCAGGUGAAGCCAUCUAUGCGGCCCUCUUCGACGCCGCACCCAGCCUUCAGAGCCUCUUCAAGACUGCGAGGCUGCUGACAAAAGAGUGGUUUGAGAACCAGCUGUCAAAUCUGGACUUGCCACGGGAGCAGAAGGAGGCUGUGGCAAAUGCACUUGUUGCUUCAACAGACGCCCUCUGCAAGUGGUUGGAUGAGGCGGUGCAAAAGACGCCGAAGCCGAGCGCGUGGGAAGCCAAUAGUGUGCAGGAUUUUGAACACACCAUACUCGGCGUUGGGGACAUGAAAAAGACGAUGAUCGUGCGCGAGUGCUACGCACAAAUGAGUGCGCAAAUCACAGGGUGGCUCGACGAGAAACAUGCUCAAGAAGACCCGACGGGCAUGUUUAUUGUCACUGGCACUCCGGGCAUCGGCAAGUCUGUGUUUCUCGCCUACAUGGCUGCGCUCUUGGCGGAGAAGGGCUACAGCAUCGUGAUUCAAAGAGCGGCAAUGUUUUGGUCGCUAGAGUCUAAGAAAGAAACAGCUGCACAUGGAGAAGAAAAGCCCAUCAUACUUUUGCAGAACCGCGAAGUUGUGCUUCUGGCAGACCCGGGCGGGGGUGGGACGUCCCAAAAUGUCCAAUACCGCCCCCUUGGUUGCACCCUCGUUUUCGUCUCCUUGCACGAGGCACACUACAAGGAAAGUUUGAAGCAGCAGUCGAACCACAGCGAACGCCGCUUCAUGCCCGUUUGGUCAGAAGCCGAAGUAGGCGGACAUCAUAAAGUGUUGUUUCCUGACAAAGGCGAGACAACAGCCAAGGAAGCUUACUGGCUUCUGGGUGGCAGUGUUCGGUGGCUUCGCGAUUUGUUCGAAGUGCAGAGGAGGCAAAAACAGAGCCUAGAAAAGGCGGCCCGGCAUCUAUUAAACGAGUAUUUGUCAGUCAGGUCCUGGGAAGAUUUGGACUUGUUGAUGCAACACUUCAAGCAGCCCCAGAGCGUGGAAGACAAGAAGGAAAGCAAAAUGAGCUAUUUGCUACAAGUCCAUGCCAGUGCAGGAACGGAGACUCCAUUUGAUGAGCACGAAGUGAGGUUGAUUGAUUCCAAAGUUGCACAAGAGAUUUUGUGCGACAAACUUUCUAUCACAACGGCAGAACUGCAGAAACAGUUCUGCAAGAAGUUUUUGCGUGAGAAACGUUUGGGUUCAUUGGUCGGCAACAUCUUCCAGGAACUGGUUCUCAACCAUCUCACAGAUAAGGGAGCAACCUCAACAACGCUGGAAUGCAGCUCCCUGCCAGCAGGAAAGAAAUUGAAAAUUAGCGUUCCAAACCAGAAGUUUGCAGCCACAAGGAGCGAAGGCGUCGCAGUCCGACUUGAAAGAUGGCUGCAUAUAUCACCCGCUUUCGGACAAUUUCCCAGCUGCGGACUUUUUCUUCAUCAAUGCUCCAGAGGCGAAAAUCACCGCACUGUGGUUAUUGCAGACUACAAAGGUCGCAUUGGGGCGAUGCAGGAGCGCUUUAAGGCCGCAUUUUGCCAAGAGUCCUUGACUGCAAUUUCGACCAUCAAAUGGGUCAUCAUUGCGCCAUCAGGGAUUGCUGCUAAAUACACAGGGAAGCAGGAAGUUGUCGGUCAGUGGCAGUUGGAAGACACGCUGGUGGUAAAUGUGGAGCAAUACAUCGCCGAGUGGAAGAUGGGAUGA